GUGGCCCGUGACGAUUGAGAUGCAUACGUACUCCAGACUCACUUUGUUUACAUGACUGGCUUCACCAUCGCCCUUGCUCAUUACCUUCAAAACCACGCUGGCCAGAUCCUUGACCAGCAUCGGGUUCGCUACAUCACUCAGGAUUGCCAUUGUACGAACUCUUGAAGGUGUUAACCGGUAGCUUGUGUUGAGCACUUGUUGAUGGUCGCAGCCCCGCUUCCCGGUUGUACUUUCUCUAGAUCCUGCGAUCGAGCGAUCGACAGCCUCCAAUGUCUCAAAGUCGGGCUGCUCAUUGCACCUCUGCCUACGUUGCCUGAAAUCUCGUGCAUCUCUCCAUGGAUGGUCGCUUCUAUCGAAGAUCCCGAAUGCGCAGGGCAGUCGGCGCCAGCUCGGUGCUGUCCCUCCUUUGCGUGCUGACCCUUGUCGGCCAUGGGUCUGCACAAAUCCCGUAUACACCAUCCAGUCUUUUAUACGAUUCGCAGCAUAAUACUUCAUUUGCCUAUCUGCUGCGGGCAACCGAAGGCCGAACGGAAUUUAUCUCGCUAGACGUUUCUCGGAAAGUGGACACAAACAAGUCCGCGUAUACUAUACUGCUCGACGACGUCCCAUUCAACAAGAACGUCGGCCAGUCCGCAUACGUACCUGUUAUUGACCAGGAUGGGGUGCUGAAGAUCUACGCGGGUGACUGUUGGGACUCGGGGAACGCACCAAAACUAUGGUCUUUUCGUCCGGAUUCUGGCAGUUCAUCAGGCAGCGGGAAAUGGGAGGAGUUCUCGAUUGAGGGACCAGGACAAGUUGAUAUUACCAAUCGACCGGGCCAUCUGUCAGCAGGCUUCGCAUACUCUGCUUCAAACACUACCCAAAGCUCGGUCUUCGCGUUUGCGGGAAUGUGCCCGUACGAAAGCGAUGACAGCACUUCUUGGGUCUCUGCCGCGAACUACUCCCAAACGAUGACAGUACUGGCUCCAUGCGAGAACGGGAAGUGCUACCAGGCGUCGAUUACUGGGGACAGGGCGCCUCCGAUCCCAGAAGCGGGGUUCACGUUCACUCCCCUCCAGGCCACAUAUGGCUAUACGGACGGUGAACUCCGGCAACAACAGGACUUCCUUCUCAUUGGCGGGCAUACUCAGCAAGCAUUCAUUAACAUGUCCGAGUUGGCUAUCUUCUCUGCGCCACAGAAUAGCUGGAGCUUUGUAAGCGUGGGAUACGCCGCAGACACGUCAAGGGCUGAUCUCUCCCUCCGCAACACAGCCCUAAUUGAGCCCCGAUCCGGCCACACCGCCGUUCUUUCACCUGAUGGGACCAAGGUAAUUAUUUUUGGCGGAUGGGUGGGCAACACUAGAGUCGCCGCAACGCCCCAGCUCGCUGUUCUAGAGAUUGGAGGGGGCUUUGCAGGGUCCGGCGAAUGGACCUGGAGUAUACCAUCCACAAGCGGAGGCCCUGAAGAAUCCGGGGUAUACGGGCUGUAUGGGCACGGUGCAACCAUGCUCCCUGGUGGAGUUAUGAUGAUUGCAGGAGGGUACCAAAUAUCACAGUUGUCAAAACGAUCCGAUACUGGACCCGAGCUCAACUCGCAGGUUUAUCUAUACGACGUAACCUCAGGCAGGUGGACUUCGUCAUAUGAAAACCCAUAUUUUGACGCCACUGCUGAAGCCUCUGAUAGCUCCUCUACUUCAAGUAAAAGCAGGACGUCAUUGAAGGCCGGCCUGGGUGUUGGCAUCGGCAUCGGCAUUCCAGUAGCUGCUGGUCUUGGGCUGCUCAUUUUCUACCUUUGCCGCAGGCGCGGGGUACGCCGAACGCGCGACAAUGAGAUCAGAAAGCUAGCGCUUGGGGCACAAAGAGCUCAUUACUGGGGAAGGGAUGACUCGGAGAUGGCCAGCAGUAUCCGGAACCCUUCACCAAUGAGGGAGCCGGCAGUGAACAACGACUACCCUUGGAACGUUAACAACAGACCACGAAGUACUGGGAAGAAGGUCGACUGGAACGACAAUGGAGAUGCGAUUGCGGAAAGGACUGGCCUGCUAGGCGGUGCCUACGUGCCUAAGAAAUUUAAUCGACCAGUGCUGAAUGCUGGCACCUACCGACCCCCUUAUUAUGAUUUUAGGAGAGGCGAAACUGCUGGAAUCAUCCAUCCCAUCGACGAGCGCGAAGAAGACGAGACCGAAGGCGUAAAAACUAUACAGCAGCGCGAAACACUUGACUCCCAGGUGUUUGUCACAGCUCGAAACACUCAGGUGGACACUCUAGGCCUUGAUGGUGCUGGAGCGGCCGAAAAUGGCAUGAACGGAGGUGGGCGUGUCUCGCCAGGUAAAGAUGAGCGGACUUCGUCCAAUCUGUCUGAUUCCUCCACAUCAGCCAAGUCAGCAAAUUCUGGAGUUUCGCCUACCAGAGAUAAACAUGCGAUCCCCCCUAGACACAGCAGAGAAGCUAUACGCAGCCAAGACAGCACGACAUCAGCAACUGCGUCAUACGAAAAGCGCUAUUCAUCCGAUUCUUAUUCCACAGCUCAGUCAGCAAUAUCACAACAACAAGCAGAGGGCGAGUAUCUCCUUCGAGACUCAGGAAAUGCAGAGUCUUCCCAAGUGCCAGGGCUCCUCAACAAGUCGCCCGGCCCAAGUCGACCAAGAACAUCGGAGUGGAUCGGCGGCAUCCGAAGAGUACUGUCUCUGUCGAGGAAACGGCCUCCAGCUAAUGAAGAUUUUAGUACUACUUCCCGGGCUUCCGGAAUUGAUGGAGAUCAUGCUGGGAUAAGCAAUUUCACGGCUGGCACAACAUUUCCUCGCAGGUCAGUGAGCGCAUCUGCAGAAUUGUUCAGACGGAAGCAAGGAGCCAAAGACUGGGGUGUGGGCAACAGAUACUCACACAACACGGGCUUCCACUCAGCCCGUUCUACGCGUGACGACUUUUGUCUGGAUGGCCACAUGGACCCGGAUAGUGACGGUGAGUGGGAUGUUGAGGGUGCCGCCGAAGGUCGACGGGUGCAAGUAACCUUUACUGUGCCAAAGGAGAAACUAAGGGUAGUGAAUGCCUCGGCUGGCGAUAUGGAUGACCUGUCCGUGAAUUCAGUCAGCCGAAAUAACAGUUUGUCAUAG